AAUUGUGGAACGAAACUAGGAACACGGAAUAUGUGAAAGAUGUAUGAUGUAUGAUGUAUCCAUCCGGUUCGUCGUGUCUGAUUUUACUCGUUCGUGCCAGUCGUGCACUCUCAGCUUUAUUUCACGUCUGUCAAACGGUCGUGAAUUCUCGAAAAAUGUAAGGCUUUGGCAAGUGGAAACGCUGAGAAAAUCGCGUUACGAAUUUUCGUAUGAUGUCUUUGCAUUCAAAACAUAUUACGGUUGCCGAUGUUCCGAUAUAUUUGCGGUAACGACGAGGAAACAUUCGACGGGGAAAGGAGUGAAGUGAUAUUGGACAGCAAUGGCCACGACGGACAGUGUUACGAUAGAGGACCUCCGUAUCGAGAUCGAGAGACUUUCACGAGAAUUAGAUUUAGCUUCUACGGAAAAGGUACAAUCCGCUAAAUAUGGUCUUGCUUUGCUUGAGGAAAAGUCCGCUUUACAACAAAGAUGCAACGAUCUCGAGGCUCUGUACGAAAAUACGAAACAUGAACUGGAAAUCACACAGGAGGCUUUAGCAAAGUUUCAGACAACUACAAAACUGACAACAAAAAGUGGUAUAGAGCAAGAGGAGAGUCUCCUUCAUGAGAGUGCAGCACGGGAAACAUCUCUUCAAACGGAAAUUAUCGAAUUAGAAAAUGAAACUAAGCAAUUACGUCACGAACUGGAACGUGUGCAAGCAGAGCGUGAUCAUGCGCUCCAGGAAAGAGAAGAAGUUGGGAAAGAUCAUCAACAAGCAGAAACUGACAGAAAAUCUUUACGUACUAUGUUACGUGAAUGUAGAUUUCGGGAAGCCAGACUUCUUCAAGAUUAUUCAGAAUUGGAAGAUGAAAACAUUUCGUUGCAAAAACAGGUAUCUGGUUUACGAUCCAGUCAAGUGGAAUUUGAAGGUGCCAAACAUGAAAUAAGAAGACUAAACGAAGAAGUGGAACUUCUAAAUAGUCAAGUUGAAGAAUUAACGAAUUUAAAAAAGAUUGCAGAGAAGCAAAUGGAAGAAGCACUCGAAUCUUUACAAGCUGAACGCGAAGCAAAAUAUGCACUUAAAAAGGAAUUAGAUCAAAGAAUUAAUAGCGAGUCGAUUUAUAAUCUUAGUAAUCUUGCACUUUCGAUUAGAGGAAUUACGGAAGACCAAACGAUAUGCAGCGACGGGGAAGAUGAUUCUCCCGCGUUACGUAGAAUCGAAGCAGAUUUAAAAACUCAAGAACCGGGUACUUCCGCCACUGACAAACAGGUUGAUUUGUUCUCUGAAAUCCACUUAAACGAACUGAAGAAAUUAGAAAAACAGUUAGAGCUUGCAGAAUCUGAGAAGACCCAUCUUACACAAAAUUUACGGGAAUCGCAAUAUGCCGUUGAGAAAAGUCAGAAUGAAUUACAAUCUUUUGUUGCGCGCAUAGUGCAAUUAGCAGCUCACGUACAAUCGUUACACCACCUUCACUCCAAGUUGCCUGAAAAACAAACAGAUGAAACAACAUUGGAUAAGUUAAAUCAAGCCAUCAUGCAAUAUCGUCAAUGGAGUAGUAUGUCAGCGCGUGAAGUGAAUCAACUUCAAAAGGAUUUAGCCGAAUUAGAAAAUGGUUUAACCAUAUCCGACUCGACGCAACAAUUGCGAACAGAAUUAACAAAUCUUAGAAAUAAGAUCCCUGAGUCAGAGAAGAGCCUUCGAGAAAAGGUUGGAACGUGUGGUCCCUUUGACCUUCUAGAUACAGAACAAAGAAGUGUACAACUCGAAUCCGAUAUUGCUACUCUUUCAAAACUCGCAAUGGAAGCUGGUGGUUUCCUCGACUCUGCACAGAACGACUUACAGAAUAUUUCUGAUGAGCUUGCUCAACUUUAUCAUCACGUUUGUACGGUUAACGGAGAAAUUCCUUCGCGUGUAGUUCUCGACCAUGAAAAGAUUGUUCCUGAGAAGGAAGAAGAAAACGGAAAAAUAGAAUGGUGUAGGACUUCGUUUAAAACUGAUAUUCAGAUUAAAGAUUUAGAAAGUUUGAGUAAAGCGAAAGAAAUUGCGAAGCAUAUAGAAACGGCGAUGGAUCAAAUAAAACAUUUGAGAAGUGCUGUAGAACAUACAAUCGAACUUUCGAAAGUCAAGGGGAUACAAUCGAACGUUUGCAACGUUUGCGAGGGAUCCGUAAAUGAGAACAAGGCGGAAGUAACCGACUUGCAGGAACAAGUGAUUAGGUUGAAGGCUUUAUUAUCAGCGAAACGCGAACAAAUUGCAACUUUGAGAACAGUGCUGAAGUCGAAUAAGAACACAGCAGAAGUGGCACUUACAAAUUUGAAGAGCAAAUAUGAAAACGAAAAGAGUAUUGUUAACGAAACCAUGUUGAAACUAAGACAUGAGCUAAGGAUGCUAAAAGAAAAUGCUGCAACAUUCUCGAGUUUGCGUGCAAUGUUUGCCGCACGCUGCGAAGAAUACGUAACUCAGGUUGAUGAACUCCAGCGUCAGCUUGCGGCGGCGGAAGAUGAUAGGAAAACGUUGAAUCAACUCCUACGGCUUGCGGUGCAGCAGAAGCUUGGUCUGACAAUGAAGUUGGAAGAAUUAGAGGUUGAUCGAGAGAUACGAAAUACUCGAAGACAUACCGCCAGUGCGAAUGGACGAGGUAGAGUGCGAUUGUCACAACAGACGAACCGUCCUCAUCUAGGCAGAGAUUUCUUCUAGAAAAUGAUAAAGAUGUGGAGCAAGAUAUUUUGAGGAAACCAAAGAUUUUGAACUUUUCAAUUUUUUACUGCUCAUGGUCAAAUUAUGUGAGUACCAAAAGCUUUUAAGGGUAUUCCCCGAAAAACAAUUUAACGUUACAUAUAUUUGUUUGAAAUAUUUCGCCAGGUAUUUCGUUGUAUAGAAUAGAAAGUGUACACGAUUGUUCUUGUACUAUGUCACGAUCAUAUUUUUACAAAACUUGAACAGAUAACAACAGUUUCGUAGUAAGCUAAAAGACAGACGUGAUCUUCUUUGGAAAGCGAAGUUUUUUAUUCCAUUGACUGAUGCAGGGCAAAAUGUUUUGAAAGAUUUGAAAUGUUCAUUUUCUUGCAUCGAUGUUGCUCCAUAUCGUAGAGGUUUUUAGGAAGCUCUGCCUUCUGUUACCAAUGUUACUAGUAAAGAUGCCAGACAAGCAUAAAAUGCGUUUUCGUUGUAGGAUUUUUGUUUCGAGCGAUUGGCACGGAAUCAAAACGAAACGUUCUGUGCUCAAAGAUAUAUUCACAGAUGGAUUACUCGAAUAAUUCUUGUGAAUAAUACGCUCAUCGAUAUUCAAUCAAUUGAUUUUUAAUCGAUUACACUUUCUUUUUAAUGAAGAUACGUUAACUGUGUAUGUGUUUAUUUCUACAGUUUAGAAAUAGUCAUAUUUCUUUGUAGUGAGAUUUACAUGUUCCAAUACGAUGCUAAGUAUCGUUGUAACCGCAUAGAGAACAUUCUGCAUGGUUGAAUCGAAUGGUUAUAAUAAUUAUAUAAGAUCGAUGCAAAUUUUUCGUAUUCAUGGGAAUGCAUGAUAAAAUGAAUAUGUACUGUUUUUAGAUGGACGAACAAGAAAAAAAAAGAAUUUUACAUUACAUACCAUAGAGACAAUAUCAUUGUGCUCGGCAGUAGCGUUUAUAAUCAAAGUAGAAUCGGACAUCGUAGACGUGUAGAGUUGACGAGUACAGAGUAGGAGAGUAACAGAAUUAGGGACCCAUUUUUCGAGUAGAUUUUCAGAUAAACAUAAUUCAAUUGCGAUAAUGUUUCACUGUCUACAUCUAUUCCUUUUACUUUUCGUUUAAGUGAUUUCUUCAACGUUUCUGCUAUAUGGCAUUGUUACUCUUUUAGCAGGUUAGUAUAACAUAGUAUUUUAUAAUUUAAUUAUUUCUGGGAGGUAGAAUUUUGUAUAGUCUUAUCAUGGAACUUGGCCUAAAUAGGCUUUAAUUCAAUUUUAUUGAUCUUUUGGCAGCUUCUUAUUAUUCUAAUCGUGUAUUCAACAUAAAUUUAUUAUAUUUUUAGUUGUUAUUAAUUUAUAUAUCUAUUUAUAUUUAUUUCAACUAUUCGUUUGAUUACUCCAGCAGCUACGGUUUUGAUAUCGACCAAUGCAUAAUAUUAAUCGAUCUCCUUUUGUAAGAUUUGGUGCAGCUAUAUGUGAAACAAGCGCAGGAUUAAUUAUGGAUUGCAGUCAGAAUUAGCUGUAUAUUUGUAUAUUAUUCGUGAAUAUACACGCUACAUUCACUCUCUGUCCUUUAAAUACAACACGUUUGUUGAUUUGUACAUUUGUUAUUAGCAUAAAACUAAUUUCACUGUUGCUCUCUGCGUAUAAUUUUUUCUCAUUUUGUUCUGUUAGGGCAGAAUGUUUUAAAGAUGAGUAAACGAAAAGAAAAUUAGAGAGCAUAAAACAGUAGCGUGACGUUCAAUUGUACCGAUACACAAGGAUUACAGGAAAAAAAAUUUAAUGCGCGUCUAAUGUCUGGAAAAUCCAUUAAUACUUAUUAAUCAAUUGGAAUUUUGAUUACUGAAGUGAGUGCUAGUGCGCGUGUGUGUAUUUUCUUAAAAAUUCAAGCAUGAUGUGCUUGGUACGUUAUGCAGGAUAUUUGAAUGCAGUUUCGUAUAAUACGUUUUUGUAGAUAGGAUAUAUUUUACAGCUUUGUUUUAUUUUGUUAAAUAACUCAACUCAUUUUGGAUUUGUACAUUUGUUGUAUUCAAAUGUUUAAAGGAAUAUUAACAUUUAUUAUAUAGAUUUUAGGUUUGGCGAACUUACGCUUCUAUUAGAAUAGUAUUUAUUUUAUUGAAUUAUGGUGAAAUUUUUAUACGAAGUGUAUCCUGCAGCUGUAUGUAACCAUGUACGAUUAUCGUGAACCGUCUUUAAUCAAAUUUGUUAUUAGUACUAUUGGUAUUAUUAUCUUUAUUAUUAUCGUCAACAAUAUUACAAUUGUAUAUUGAUUAUUGCGAUAUUGCUGUCGGCUUCAUCGCGGAAUCCAGAUGAGUACCUAAAGAGAAUUUAUCGAUCGUUCAUUAACUGUCAAUUGAUUGGUUAGUUGUCGCUAUUAUUAUAUUUAUACCAUAUAGUUAUUCUAUUACCUGUGUCUAUGAUUCUAAUCAGAAGCGGAAAUGGUCGUUUACGAUUUCUUCUCCCUAAUUUCAGUUUUAAUACAAUAUUAGUUGAAAAGGAUCGGAAUAAAAGUUGGAGAUUAAAUGUUUGUUUUAUCCUUCAUUUCCUACGUUUUGCUAUUAUUGGAAUCUGUCGAGUAUCCAAGAUGAAUGUUAAGAAAGAAAAGUUCUGCUAAUAUUUCGAUUUUUCCGUACUUGAAACGUUUAUUUGGUUAGAUUGAAAGCGAUAGACACAGGUGGUUGUAAUUUGUGUCCAUAAACCGAGCCAGUCUCAAACCACCGUCCCUUCCCUAACUCUCGCGCCACUGCCAGGAACGAACAGAUGAAGAAAUUCUUUAGUUUCUCGAUUACUCUCUUCAAUGCCAUUAGUUGUAUUCCUCUUCUGACUUCGUCCUUGAUGUAAAGAAAUUCGUCCUCGACCUUUUGCCUUUGCCGUCCGCGCUGUUCACAGCGACUUGAAACCGUUCGUUUUCAACGUAAACACGAAUUUUUCGUUUUUAAUAUAUGUACAAUGCCAUAUCGGAAGAUAAUUGGGUUUUCGAUCUUUCUUUCCAAUUAUUUUUACGAAUUAAACUCGAGAUGAAACGAACGAAAUUCAGUCGCCAAAGCGCAAAGCUGUGAAUGACUUCUGCCAAAGAUAUUCUGUCCUUUCGAGGGAUCGUGCUAUCCUUCGCACACGUGACGUCCUUCGCAAAGUUCCUUCGUGUUAUACAAUAUGUAUCGUCGACACUCUUCUUAGACGUUACUCCGUUGAAAUUGACUCGGAAAAGAAAAUCCGUGUGAUCUGUCCUUUCUUUUACAAAUGGUAUUAUUCGAGAAAAAAAAUCGGUCGUAUUGUUAUUUCAAAGGAGAAGAUAAUUGGAUCUUGUAACUCCUAUCGUCCAUAAGUCUUUCUUGUUUGCUUCUUUAGAUGGUGUACAAUGUUUGCGGCUGAAAAAAAUUGUUUCGAUGUUUCGAAGCACUCGUUAGAUAGAAUCGAGAUAAAUAUCAUUGAAAGAGGAAAUUAUUUACACGAUUCGAUAAUAUAAUAUAAUAAGAUAUUUCGUAGUUGACAAUAACACCAACAUUAAACAAUUGUAAGAUUUAGAAGCAUUAGAAAGGUAAAGAAACAACUUACCGAUUCGGCUUGCCGCGAACUUGUGCCCGAUAGAAAAUAAUAGGCUGCACAUUUCCUUCUCUCUAUUCUUCAUCGAGCUUAUACGGUUAAGAGAAAAAUGAUCUAAGCGAUCGGUAUUGUUUAACGUCGUAUCGAAAAAAGUACCAUUAUAUUUUUACAUUCGCGAGAAUGGUACAGCGUGGGACAAAAUGGUAGUCCACAUAAAUUUUAUUAAAAAAAACUGUACGAGUCGAUACCAAAACGUUUGGUUAAAGUUUUGCAGGAGAAAGGUAGAUUUACAAAAUAUUAAUAAAUUAUCCACCGAAUAAUGUUGGUUGGGCUUACCGUAUCAUCAUUUUGUUCUAUUUUGUACGAUCGAAACCAUUCGAUAUAAAAGGAAGAGAAAACAAAAGUCGAGUAAAAGGAUUAUUAAGAAAUAAAACUUCGGAGUCUACCUACCAGAGGAUACCAUAGACAUAGAAUAGUAUCGAGAACACUGUGGCAGGUAGAUUUGCUCAAGGCUUCCGUAAAAGCUAUGAUUGCGUCCCAAUUUUAAUCGAGUUUCUGGCAGUGGUGUGCGUUUAACUUAGAACGUAUUACAUGAACGUUAGGAGUAAAAAACGCUCGAGUGUCGAGUAAGACUAGCUGUAAUGGCGUAGGAUAAGCGAUUUAACCGACUGCGUCACUUGUGCUGGAAUUAUUAAUUGACCGUGGAAAAUUAACCGGUGCGAUGGUGCGCUCCGAGAUACAUGUGUCGCUAAACGUCCGACGUUUGCGAUGACGUUUGCGCGUGUUUAGCACUUUAACAGGGUCCAUGUUGCAUUUAGUCGGAAAAUUGAAGACAUCCCAACACUUGAUCGGUUCCCUUCAUUACGCUUCCCUUUGUAGCGACUGUUGUUCUCAAUAUUCCAUCUUUCGCCAUCUCAUCGCGAACGUCUUUCAAUGUCGAAGACUGUUACCUCGAGGCCAUAAAUGUCAACAUCCGCAUUUUUGCGCUAUGCUAAUUUGAUUCUAAAAUUUCAGUCUCAGUUUAUUGAAACUGAGAUUGGUGUAGCUCUAUAGAUUUCAUCCGUUCGUUCGGUCAGUAAUACGACAUCGAGACCUUCGGUAGAUUCCCUGGCAAAGAGUUAACGAUAUGUCGUCUUCUUCGUUGAACGGCUUUCGAAGAUUUCGCUCUUUUCAGCCAGAAAAUGUACUUGAGCCUCGAGGACCCAAAAUCAUUGUAAAUACUGUAAAUGCACAUUAGUAUUACGCCACGAUCAAUUUUCAAACGUAUGGCGAGUUGAGUAUGACAAUUUAUAUUUCCGUGCAACCACGUAUAUUUUCUUCGUAGGCGAGCGUAAUUGAACUACUCGUAAAACAGUUGUACCGUAGCGACCGAUGAAAUAGAAAACCAACCGUAGCGGACAUGCAAGUUCUUUGCACGUUUAUCGAGAUACCUACUAAAUCAGACGAGAGCGUCAGUCGUGUUAAGUAGAUUAUCGAUAGUAGAUAUUAAGUAAGUAGAUGUUCAGCGACACUUAUUUACAAUGGGAAGAGAAAGCGAACGUGUAAACGGCGCCGGCGUGUUGAUUUCAGGUCACAUCCGUAGGUGCCUGGUGUUAAACGUUAUUCAACUGACGGGACAUUAUCCGCAUUAGAAAUUCUUUUUGUAACAUAAAGUGAAAUAUAAUCAUUUGUAACACGAA